AUGGAGUUCUGGGGUGUUGAGGUGAAAAGUGGAGAGCCCCUUAAAGUUUCGCCUGGUGAUGGGAUGAUCGUGCAUCUUUCUCAGGCUUGCAUUGGUGAGGUUAAAAAGGAAAAAGGAAAUGAAGCUGUCUGCUUGUUUGUGACUGUCGAUGGAAAGAGGCUUGUUCUUGGAACACUCUUUGCUGAGAAGUUGCCUCAGCAACAAUUUGACAUAGUGUUUGAUAGAGAUUUUGAGCUGUCGCACAACUUUAAAAGUGCAAAAGGAGAAUCAGACGAAUUUGACUCUGAGGAAGAAGAGGAUAACCCACUUCCAGUUGCUAAUAAUGACAAACCUGUGUCGAAGCCUAUGCAAGAAAAACCUGCGGAGGCUUCUAAUGCUAAUGCCGGCAAUGGUAAAGAGUCUGAUGGUGGUAAGCAAAAGGUGAAGAUUGUGGAGCCAAAGAAAGAUACAGAUGCUGAAGAGGAUGAGGAAAGCACUGAUGAAGACUUGAUGUCUGAUGAUGAUGACGAUGAAGACGACUCAGACUCUCAGGAUGGAGAUGAAUCUGAUGAGAGUGAUGAAGAGACACCAAAAAAGGACGAGCCUAACAAGAAGCGAGCUUCAGAAUCUGCUACCAAAACGCCAGUGCAAAGCAAAAAAGCAAAAGCAACCCCGCUGGGAAUAGGCGGCAAAAAGCCUGGUUUUCAUGUAGACACACCUCACCCAGCAAAACAGGCUGGGAAGACACCUGCUAACAAGCCAAAUCAGCAAACACCAAAACACGGUGGUUCACAUUCUUGCAAGAGCUGCAACAGGACGUUUGGUUCUGAGCAAGGCCUUGAAUCCCACACAAAAGCCAAGCAUGCUGGUGGAAAGUAA